AUGACCUCAGCCCCUACUCCGCCCCAAUUCAGACCCUGCCGCCACCACCGUCGAACCCAGGAGCUUCUCCGCCGUCGCCGUCCAUCCUGCCGCCGUGAUUUCCUCCGUUUAGGCCGAAUCUUCGCCGCCGUUGUUCUCUCUCCUCCGGGCACCAAAUCCGGCAAUUGA